AUGGUAAUUGUUGUGGUGAUGAUGGUGCUUAUGAGGCUGCUGCUGGUGGGACAAGUUGUGGUCAUCCUGACGCAGUUGGGGCAGACGUAUCAGUGCUACGUUCGCUCCCUGCUCGUGCCAUUUGUGCUGCUGGCCACCAUCUGUAGCCUGGAUUUGCCAGACCUGCGCGCUGUCACCGGCACAACAAUCCACCAGCACAACAAUCCACCAGCACAACAAUCCACCGGUACAACAAUCCACCAGCACAACGAUUCACCAGCACAACAAUCCACCGGUACAACAAUCCACCGGUACAACAAUCCACCGGUACAACAAUCCACCAGCACAACAAUCCACCGGUACAACAAUCCACCGGUACAACAAUCCACCGGUAUAACAAUCCACCAGCACAACAAUCCACCGGUACAACAAUCCACCGGUACAACAAUCCACCGGCACAACAAUCCACCGGUACAACAAUCCACUGGUACAACAAUCCACCGGUACAACAAUCCACCGGCACAACAAUCCACCAGCACAACAAUCCACCGGUACAACAAUCCACCGGUACAAAAAUCCAGCAGCACAACAAUCCACCGGUACAACAAUCCACCGGUACAACAAUCCACCGGUAUAACAAUCCACCAGCACAACAAUCCACCAGCACAACAAUCCACCAGCACAACAAUCCACCGGUACAACAUUCCACCGGCACAACAAUCCACCGGCACAACAAUCCACCAGCACGACAAUCCACCAGCACAACAUUCCACCAGCACAACAAUCCACCGGCACAACAAUCUACCAGCACAUCAAUCCACCGGUACAACAAUCCACCAGCACAACAAUCCACCAGUACAACAUUCCACCGGCACAACAAUCCACCGGUACAACAAUCCACCGGCACAACAAUCCACCAGCACAACAAUCCACCAGCACAACAUUCCACCGGCACAACAAUCCACCGGCACAACAAUCCACCAGCACGAUAAUCCACCGACUAUCACACAGGCGUUGCUUUGCUAA